GCAGUCUUGACGUCGGAGUGCAUGGCGCAGCGAAAGUGACGAGGAGGAGUGUUGUUGCUAAUCUUUUUGGAUCUGGAAACGGUGGAUAUACAUUUUUUUUUACCGGGGGAUCAUGCAGAAAUCCUGAAAUGAGAGUGUGAAAUGCUAUCACCUCUGGAAGUGUGGACAUUCAUCGCUGCCUCAUUGAUGACUGCGUGCAGGACGCCUCUGAGGAAAAGCUGCUGGAUUCAUAAACACUACUUUAGGACUCACACAAACCCCUGAGCUUUGUUUUGUGGGUCACACAACGCACAUCCAGCCCCAUUUGCACUCGGGUUGACAAUGGCUGGGACAGGUAACGCGAAUCUAGAACACCUGGGCGGAGUUGUCAGGCUCAGAGAGGAACACCAAAAGGUGGUGAAAGACUGUGAGAGUCAGAUUCAGCACUGGAAGAAGGUGUUGGGGGACUAUGAAGCCCUUGAUGAUCGCCUCAGGACUCUCCCGGAUCAGCUGUGUUACGACAUCAUGGUGCCGUUCGGCCCUCUGGCCUUCAUGCCCGGGAAGCUCGUGCACACCAACGAGGUCACAGUGCUGCUGGGCGACAACUGGUUCGCCAAGUGCUCCGCCAAGCAAGCCCAGAAAAUAGUCGAGCACAGAAUGAAGCACGUGGGGAAUCAGCUAGACGAUGUGACCAAGACCAUGAAAAACUUCGAAGCCAGAGUCGGGUUUGUGAAGGAUCUGGAAACCAUGUCGGCCAAUAAAGGAGACUAUGUCGACAUCAGAGAGGACGUCGAAAACAACGAGUUGGCCGUCACAAAAGGAAAGCAAAGAAUAGCUCACAAGCCAAAUUCUAAGCCCAAGAUGGAUGUGGCGUUUGAUCUGAAAGAGGAGGAUGAAGGAGAGGGAGGAGACACGGGGAGCAGGAAAGGCGUCAUGACUGAGGAGGAGCUCUGGGCUCGAUUGGAUGAACUCGAGAGACUGGAGGAGCUGCAAGAUGAGCGGGACAGGUUAUCUGAUAAUACGGACAUGAAUGGCGAAGACACGUCGUCGUCUUCAUCGGAGGAGGAGAAGGAGGCAGAUGCUGCGCCUCCGGUAAACGGCCUGAGUUUGAAGCCAAGCUGGAGCUCGGUGCCUCACAGCGUACAGCCACUCACAGACAGGAAAGAGGAGGAUGAGGAUGGCAGCUGUUUGCCCACCAUUUUCUUCUCUCACACAGUUGAACCCAAGAAGGUGAGGAUAAACACAGGAAAAAACACAACGCUGAAGUUCAGUGAAAGAAAAGAGCAAAAGGAGCAUUCAAAGAGGAAAAAGAAAAACGGCCACAAUAAUGGACACUCGCAUCACGAGCUUCACAAAAUCACCACGCCGGCUGAUAUUUACAGGCUGUUUGUGGACGUGAAGAACGGCGAGCCCGUCCCCAGGAAGUCCAUCCUGAAGUCACGCAGCCGGGAGAACAGCGUGUGCAGCGACACCAGCGAGAGCAGCGCCGCCGACUUCGAGGAGCGCAGGAUGGCCGUGCGCAGCUUCAGCCACGACGAGACGACGCACAGCGACACCAGCGAUGGCAUCACGGAGGAGGACAGCCCCACUGCCAUGCCUCUGCACACUCACAGCAAAUUUGAAGCCUUUUCCGGUACGGUGAUAGAAAAGGAGCCGAUGCCUUCAGCUGUGCCCCACCUGACCAUCGUCCCACCCGCUCUGCCAACCAUUCUGGAGAGGAGGCAGGAGGAGGUCACGCCCGACUCCCCGCCGCCCGAGCAGGCGCCUAAACGGGUGUCCAAGUUCAAAGCUGCCAGGCUGCAGCAAAAAUGACGUUUCAAGCCUUUCUUUUUUUUCCCCCUCCCAUCUUUUUAACAACAAAACUGAACAAACAAGAGUAACUGUUUCUCUUCUGACCAUCCUGCGUCUCCCCCCCCCCCUUUUCUCCGCUCUAAAUAAAUCAUGUCAUUCAGUGUGAGUUAACUAGAGAACCGUUAAUACAUCUGUCUUCUGCUUUCCCCCGACCUGCUACCUGUAACGGUUUAAUACACGUUCUCUUCCUUUGCUGGUCCUUGCUGGUUGUAGGCGAGGCGACGGUAACGUUUGUCACAUUCGACAGGUUGCAUUAUUUUACUUUGUCAAGUAGAAUCUUUUGCUGCUGUGAAAUUUCUCCCUUCUUUUGGCCCGCCUGAUGAAUGUAUGUAUUCUUUUGUGGACAAAAAAAAAAAAGAAGAGAUUUGAUGGGAACUACAAAGAAAAUAAAUGAUGUUUAACCACAAAUUUUACUUUCUUUUUUAACAUAAGGGAAAAAAAAACGGAAUAUUUCCAUAGUUUUAAAUACGGAUGAUUUGGAGCACUUUUCCAGAAUAAACGUGUUAAAUGUGA